AUGAGACUCAUCAACGCACGUACCUUGAGGCUUGAAAGCUUCCACGACCCAGUGCAAAAGCCCUACGCAAUUUUAUCACACACAUGGGAAGGCGACGAGGUGACCUUUGAAGAUAUGAAAGACCUCACCGUCGCUCGAAAUAAGACGGCCAGCUUCUCUAAGAUUAAGGCAACUUGUCGAACAGCCCUUGGCCAAGGUCUUGACUACGUCUGGGUGGACACUUGCUGCAUUGACAAGUCUUCCAGCGCCGAACUCUCGGAAGCCAUCAACUCGAUGUUUCGCUGGUAUAAGAAUGCUGCCUAUUGCCUAGCGUUUCUCUCGGAUCUACCAAACAGAAAUCUAUCAUCGACGCAGGAUGGUUUAAGAAAUUGUCGUUGGCUUUCGAGAGGAUGGACCCUCCAAGAGCUUAUCGCGCCAGCUGAUGUUGUCUUCUAUGAUGCCGAUUGGAACCCUCUGGGGACGAAGAAUGAUACUGCGGAAGAGCUCGAAGCCAUCACCGGUAUUGACCAGGAUGUGCUGAAAGGGCACAUGUCCUUGGAAGCAAUCUCAUUAGCGAAACGAAUGUCUUGGGCUGCUCAGCGACAGACAACCCGUGUUGAAGACAUGGCUUAUUGCCUGCUGGGUAUAUUCGAUGUGAAUAUGCCCAUGCUCUAUGGUGAAGGGUGCCGGGCAUUUGCUAGGCUACAGGAAGAAAUUCUGAAGAAAACUACGGAUCUGUCACUCUUCGCAUGGAUAGCAAAAGACGACUCAGAAUAUCACGGGAUACUGGCGGAAAGUCCCGCCGACUUUUCCCAAUGCGGCAGAAUU